AAAACAGUCCUUCGGUAUACUCUAACGCGUUGACAUAUCGCUGCUUCAUAUGUUCUUCACUGUACCGGUCAUCAAAGACUUUUUGAUACCAACCAAUCACUUCCAGAAAUUACUUGCAAAAACAUUCUUUCUCAUUCUAAUCAUUAAUAAAUAUUGUUUGAAAGUGGUUUGGAAAAUUGUCAAGUGAAUAAAUAAAAUCGAUUUGUAGUAGUAGAUAUUGGAUCAGCUUGAAGAGCAUUUAGAGAAUUGAUAGGCUCUGAUUAUUAUCCGUCAUAUCAGGGGUUGAACACUCCCUGGUAUGAUCUGGUCAUGGGCCAGUGCGUCAUUUGCCAUGGAUGAUGAUAACGGGAUUUCGAUAUCGACAGGUAAUUGCUGGUCCUCGUUGGAUUCAUGUGUUUCUGUAUUCAAGAGGGAGGAAUUGAUCGUUAAUAAAACUAUCGGGACACAAAUAGAGAUCGAUUGCAGUAGCGGCAACGGUUACUGAUCUAUGAUAGGUUACAAGAACUGCUUGUCAAGUCAAGUGAAAAACAUUUUCUAACCUUAACGAAGACAUUUCUUAUUAAAGUGUUUUUUUUAUCUAUCAUUGAGUAUAAUCAUGCUGAAGAUUACUAUGCUGGAUUAUAUUGCCGGCUCUGGAAGACAGCAGCUGGACCAGUCUGUUUACUGUGGAACUGAUUCGCGAAAAUCAGCUAUUAAUGACCGUGGAAACGUUGACAAGAAUACAACCCAAGACCUGUUCGAGUUACUGGAGAGGGUGCAGAGUUCUAGGCUUGAUGAUCAACGCUGUGUGUUACCACCUUAUUUUACGCAGGCCUCAAGAGAUGAUCGACAGGCUUCAAGUCCUGGUAAUCAAACUCUCACACCGUCUCCAUCGCCAUCGCCAGUUGGAGAUGCACCCUUGGGACGUGCCCUGAUGGAAGCAGCUAUCCAGCAAGCGAAUAGCUGCUCUCAGCAACAACCUCCUAUGGUUGUGACGCCGCCGGGAUAUUGGGUAGAUGGUACCGAUCAUCGUCACGCCCUCGAUUCAGCUGGCAGAGCGAUGCUUCCAACACAACCAGCCUGGCAGCCACGAAUCGAUCAGGACGAUACAGCCAAGUGUUAUCGACGGUUUUUCGUUGGAAGGGAGCAUGUGAAUCUUGUGGGCAGGGACUCUGAAAAUGGGCCGGUUUUAGUCUCGAUAAAAGCAGAAACUGUAGCUGGUCAAGAACACUGGAGAGUAUUACUUCGUAUUCGAGCUGGAUCAACUCAUGAACUUGUUCCAGCAAUUAAUCUUGGUCCAAAUCCGUCCCCAGCAAAAAUGGUCAAGGCGAUUAAUGAAUCUCUCAAUGUCAGUACAUUGAUGCCAGUUGUUUGCUCGGGUGCUGGUACUCUAAUUGCUCGUUAUGACGAACAUGCUUUGGUGAGCAGAUUCAAAUUUGGUGUACUGCAUCAACGAGCUGGACAAGUUACUGAAGAGCAAUUAUUUGGCAAUCGUCAAAUAACGCCGGCCUUUCAAGAAUUCUUAGAUUUACUAGGACAAAAAAUAGACCUAAAAGAUCAUAAAGGGUAUCGAGGUGGUCUAGACACGAGACAUGGUCAAACAGGCGAUUCAGCAGUUUACGAAGUAUUUCGAGGUCGUGAAGUUCUCUUCCAUGUUGCCUCAUUGCUCCCCUAUAGUCCUGGAGAUUCUCAACAACUACAACGUAAGCGACAUAUCGGUAACGACAUCGUAGCUAUAAUAUUCCAAGAGGAGCCAACACCAUUUAGUCCUGAUAUGAUUGCGAGUCACUUCCUUCAUGCUUUUAUCGUAGUCCAAGUCAUCGACCCUUGCUCACCUAAUACAAGGUACAAAGUAAGCAUUACAGCCAGAGAUGAUGUUCCCUGGUUCGGACCAGCGUUACCAACGCCUGCGGUCUUUCUUCGGGGCGUCGAGUUCAAAGAGUUUUUGCUCACGAAACUCGUAAAUGCAGAGAACUCCGCUUACAAGGCGGAAAAGUUUGCGAAACUUGAGUUGAGAACUCGGUCAGCUCUCUUAGAAUCUCUAGUGGAAGAUCUUCAAACAAAAACAAGUGAAUUUUUGGGUUCGGGACUGGGUCUUUCUGGAUCAGGAACUUGCCCAGUUAGUCCAACAACUAGUGAAGCACCGAGUUCAGGUGGCGGAAGUGGUUCUCGAUUCAUCGACACAGUGCGAAAAGCUUUAAUAUCACGAGUGAGAAAUGCUUCGACUGAAAGUGUACCUCAACAGUUAGCUAAAAAAGGUCAAUCUGAACCAAGUCCGCCAAGUAAUAGACAAUCGACCACAAAGAUGAGUGGGAAACGAUCUAUCGAACCAUCUAGUCCUUUAGGAUCUCCGGAUUUGACUUUGAGAAGGGAUUCAGAUCGCGGAAGUCCAAGUUUAGGAAGCCAAGACAGCAGCUUGUCUAAUACUGACAACCAAGACAGUAGCAGUUUAACAACAUUGCAGCAAGAUGACGUUGACAAACGAGAAUCAGUCCAACAAACUUCCGUAGUUAAUAAUGAUGUUGGAACAAUUGAAAAAAAUCCCACCAAUACAACCUUUCCGCGUCUUACUCAUGAGAAUAUCAGGAAAAGAGAUGACAGGCCUGAGAAACCAGAGAUAGCACAAAGAGUCGUGUCUGAAAGCGAUGACAGUUCGUUAAAUAGCGAACUCGAGUUAGAUCAAGCAGUUUACCCUGACAGUGACACUGGAUUAGAGUCAAUGAGUUCAGCAGAGACUCAUGAAACUACGAGGUGUAAUAAUGUUAAGAAUGGAACUAAUGAGAUGGAAAAUUUAAGGCAAGAAGUUACAAGGUUGAAGUGUGAUAAACUGGACUUAUUAAGGCAGAAUGUGACAUGCCAACGAGAUAUAAAACGACUUCGCGAAAAAGAGUUGCAGCUUCAAUCAGACUUGACAGCAGCAUCCAAAGAAAUUUUACGACUCAGAGCAAUGCUCAAAGAGUGCUCAUCCAGUAUUCCGUUGGACAACAACAAUCAGCAAGCAUCUACAGUAUAAAAUAUCCAAACAUUUAGCGUGUAUACACUCACUUAUAGAUUAUUUUUUUGCAAUUGUUAGAAUAUUAUAUUAGAUUAAAAAAUUGAGAAAAUAUAUUGACGUGAUCUCCAAGACAUCUGCAGGAGAUAAAUAGAAAAAAAACUAAAGAAAAAUGAUUCUCCAGUGUCUCUUAUAAGAAUGAAAAUUGAUUGAUAAGUUCAAUCGAAAUAAUUGUGUCCAACUAGAGAAAUAUUUAUCAGAUUAUUUAUUUCUGUAGGAUUAAGAUAAAUCAGCACCAUUUAAUAGUCAGUGUAUAGAGAGAAAAAAGUAUGCAACUAAAAUUCUUGUAUUUUAGUCUAGAUAUUUGAAUUUAGACCAGGGAUAAGGAAAUUAGGAUAGAAUAGUGUAAAAAUGAACAUAAACUAUGAUAAUAAUAAAGAAAAUAACGAUCUUAACAAAGAAAA